AUGGAUGAUAUAGUCUUUAUUGGUGAUUGGGUAAAAGAUAGAAUUUUAGGAUCAGGAAGUUUCGGCACAGUGGUUCUAUGGAAACAUAAAUAUACGGAGGAAAAACUUGCGAUCAAGACAUGUAAAUGGGGUUCGGAGUUAACCGCUAAACACAAAGAAAGAUGGACUAAAGAAGUAGAAAUGUUACAAUGUUGCAAUAAUCCUAAUAUAGUGGGAACAAAAAAACUGCCACCUGAAUUCAUUCUUGGCUUAGAGAAAGCUAAUCCAUCUAGGUUGCCUAUACUUUGUAUGGAAUACUGCAGUGGCGGAGACUUGCGACAAGUUCUGAAUAAACCUGAUGCAUGUGGAGGUUUGAAGGAAAACCAGGUGCGACAAAUACUUAGUGAUAUAAGAAAUGCUAUGCAGUUUUUGCAUAGUAACAAAAUUACUCACAGAGACCUCAAACCUGAAAAUAUUGUGUUGCACACUCCAGACAGCUUAAAUAAGGCUGAAGAUACACAAGGUCAGAGAAAAGUGUCAUAUAAACUUAUAGACCUUGGUUAUGCUAAAGAAAUUGAUUCUAACUCCAUUUGUGGUAGUUUUGUUGGCACAUUGCAAUAUCUUGCACCUGAGAUAUUUUAUAGUAAAACAUACAGCAAUUCUGUAGACUUUUGGUCCUUUGGCCUUCUUGCUUUUGAAAUUAUGUGUGGAAUCAGGCCGUUUCUUCCAUAUUUAGCCCCAGUCCAAUGGAUGCCCCAUGUUAAGAAAAAGUCUCAUGAACAUAUAUGUGUGUUUGAAACUUUUUAUGAGGAUGUAGAAUAUUCAAGUGAAAUUUUUCCUGAAAACCGUAUAUCUAAACCUUUUAAAAUCUUGAUGGAAAAAUGGCUGCAAGUUGCCUUAGAGUGGGAUCCAAAAAUGAGAGGAAGAGAUGCACCAUCUAAAGUCACAUUCAAUUUACCAUCAGAGCAAAAGGAAGUUGCUAGCAAAGUUGUCAUAUUUGAUCUACUUGAAUCAUUUUUGGCAAAAAAAAUUAUUAAAGUGUUCUCAGUGACAACCCUAUCACAUUUGGCAUAUGAAAUAAAUGACUCUACAUCUGUAGAAAUGUUAAAAUUAUGGAUCUACAAUGAUAUCAAAAUUCCUGUUCAAGAACAAAUUAUAAUUUCAGUGGCUACGUAUAUUGUUAUUGGCAAUGAAGAACAGGUUCUUAAAUAUUGGAAUGAAAAUAAUACUCCCAUGCUAUAUGUAUAUGGACAGAAAUCAAUUGUUGAUGAUAAUAUUGAACCUAUAGUACCAAUAGCUGUUAGAAGGUGUCUUGAACAUCCCAAAGCAUUGUACAACUAUAAGAACAGUCAAAAUCUUUACAGAAAUGGGUUUUACUUUGUUCUGUGUCAGAUGGAAAUUUAUGAUUGUCUCAUAAACGGUCUUUUUGCUAGAGCUGAAUCAUUAAAACAUGAAAGCAAACAGCUAAUUGUAAAACAUAAUUCUGUUGAUAAGGAUUUAGGAAAACUACUGGCCAAAAAAGAAAUUAUUAUGAAAAUGACUGAUUUAGGAAAGAAACAUGUAGAACAUUUGAAAGAGAACAGUAUCGGUACAAACUUUCUUGGUGGCUUCGAAAAGAUAUUUAAAGAAGUUGAUGAUCAAAUUGAUAAAAUAAAGAAGUUACAGUGUGCAUGGUCACAGCUAUCAAUUCGACUUCAAUCUGCAGCUAGAAGAAGUAAUGAAGCUAUCUCGACAGACCUCAAUAAUUUUGUGACCAAGUAUAACUUCCAAACUAUCUUUACUAAUGCCUUGAAAUCUUACAACUCUUUCAAAAGAAGUGAUUUUUAUGUUGAAAAUAAAUCUAAAGAUAUAAAAACUCAAUUUUACAAUGUUUCAGAUAUUGUACGGUCAUCUUAUGACUGUCUUAAACUUAGGAGUAAAAUUGUAAUGGAAAUGCAAAACCAGACUUUCAUUCAAAAACUGAAAGAUCUCAGUGUUGAGUUGUCUAAAAUCAGUGAAAUAGUUAUUAAUGCAAUAGAAACUACAGAGAAGCUGUCUAGCUGUUUAGAAACUAUGAUCGAUGAAUUAACAAAUUGCAUGUGGUCUACAGUAAGUCUUGUUAUAAGAGAUGCCGAUCAAAUAUCUGAGCUCCCCUACAGUGUUGUUUCUUUCCAGAAAAGAGAUUUUAAAAUCGGAGAGCCAGUAUCUAACCAUAUUACAUUACCAAAUAAAGUGCAAGAUGUGCAACUAAAGUCUCUUAUUCAGGAAAGCUUCAAGAUAAGAAAAUAUCAGACAAGACUAUGUGAAAAACUGAAUUCUCAGCAAAUGUCUUUGCAGAAAUCAGUUUAUGAUUUUAGCUUUUUAGAUGAAUAA